AACUUAACUUUGGAUAAUUUAUAAAAGGAAAUUUACCCCAAAUUAAGACCGCCGGUAAGAAGUGAUGUCCGAGUGUGAGCAGCAGGCUCUGCUGGAGCUCAGUCAGCGCAGGGAGACGUGGUGUCAGGUGGAGAUGAACCCCCGGCAGUUCUGGGAGAGAUCCCAGAGGAGACAUUACCGGAGUCACCUGAAGACCGGCCCGGUUCUCCUUACAGCUCUGAGCGGCGGACCGCGGCACAGCGCGGCCUGCACCCAGCGACCUCCCCCGGACAAUCUCCCGGAGAGAAGACACUUCGAGGAGAGCUAUAAAACUCACCUGGUGUAAACAGCUGCAGCCUGAGAAGACGA